AUAUAUGUACUCUUCGUUACCAACUUGUUGAAUGCAUUGCAGUAACAAAAGCAUAAGAGGUGGUUAAGCAGAGAAAUGGCAGAUAAACAUCAACAAGUAAUAUUUCCUGUGAUUGGUGGAUCUGGUGAGUAUAGCUACAGCAGACACUCAGCCUUUCAGAGAAAUGCUGUAGAGGCUGCUAAAGAAUUGAUCAACAAGGCAAUCGCUGAAAAACUUGAUUUCAACAGCUUUUCUUCUUCAAAAACUUUUAGAGUUGCUGAUUUGGGGUGCUCAGAGGGUCCGAACACAUUCGUAGCGGUGCAAAACAUUGUUGAUGCAGUGGAGCUCAAGUAUCAAAGCCAAGGACUCAGUUAUGAGCAACUUCCUGAGUUCCAAAUCUUCUUUAGCGAUGUCAAUUCCAAUAAUUUCAACAAGCUUUUCGCUUCCCUUCCUCCAGAAAGAAGAUACUUUGCAAAUGGUGUGCCGGGUUCUUUCCAUGGUCGCUUGUUUCCUAGUGCCUCUUUACACUUUGUUCAUUCUUCUUAUUCUGUCCAGAUUCUUUCUAGAGUUCCAAAAGAGGUGGAGGAUAAAAAUUCCCCUGCUUGGAACAAAGGGAGGAUUCACUACUGUAAUGCUUCAGAUGAGGUUUUCAAGGCUUACGAAGCUCAAUAUUUCAAAGACAUGGAGAGCUUCUUGAAUGCUAGAGCUAAAGAGAUAGUGCAUGGUGGUUUGAUGGCCCUUAUUGUUCCAUAUUGUCCAAAUGGGACACCUCACUCCGAAGUUUUUGUCAAUAGGGCAAUAGAACUUCUCGGGUCUAGCUUCAUGGACUUGGCCAAAAAGGGAACUAUAAGUGAAGAGAAAGUUGAUUCUUUUAACCUACCAUUAUUUAAUGCAUCUUUCCAACAUAUAGAAGGAGUUGUGAAGCAAAAUGGCUGUUUCACCAUAGAAAUGGUGGAGAACAUACCUCAAGUAAAGCCACAACCCGAAGUGUUUGCGUCUACCAUGAGAUCCGGCAUGGAGGGAAUGACAAAGGGCCAUUUUGGAGAUGAGUUUAAUUUAGACGAGCUGUUUGAUUUACUGAGCAAGAAAUUUGAAGAAUCAUUGAUCUCUACCUUUGAGCAAGAAAAAGCACUCGCUCUGUUUGUUCUGCUCAAACGCGUAGCAAACAAUUAGAAAAAAAGAGCUUGUGGGUUUUUGGGGAUGAUUAUGGAGCUAAUUUAAAAGUUCCUUUUCAGGUUAGUUACUAGCUAGGAGUGCAUAUUAGGAUUUCAAGUAGUUCUUGAAGCAAAAGAGAUUGAGAUUAAUAAAGCCUCUUACCUUGAUCUUGGGGCCUAUACUUACCUUUAUAUGUUUAGGCAGUUGGAGAUGUACCAACUAAAGAGUACUGAUAUGUUGUUGGUGUAUUUGUUGGAAAAAUAAUAAAUUACAAAUUACAAUUCAAAAGAA